UUUAGUUCUGCCACGGCAUUUUCAGUGGAGAUUCCACUUAUCGAGAGGCGAGAAAGAAGGAAAAUUGUAAACAGAAAAUAGAAAAAAGUUUCGAUUUUCUUUUUCUCUCUGUUUAUCACAAGGGGAAGUUUUAUCAAUAUCAAUCGGAAUGAGACGUCUUUUUAUUCUUUUAGUCUCCACUAUAGUAAUAAUUGAUAAAUGCUCCUCGAGCUCGUGUAAAACAGUCAUUUGUCCCAAACAGCCUGGAAAACUAAUAUCAUGUGAUAUGUGUCAUACUUGUUUGGACAGCGGAUCCAGAUUCUGUUACACUUCUGAUCAUAAAAACUGCCAAUGUGCAACAAUAGUUCCCCAAAAUUGUGGUUCUGGACAAUUGAACUAUACAUUUUGCCACCUGUUAGAUGACGUACUUCUGCCACCUCCUGAAAUAGUUGUUCACGAUGAGCAUUCAGUGUCUGCAGUUGUACCUAGAUUCUUCCAAGAAGCACCAUUUGAUUCCAUGAAACCUUCGUUUCUCUACCUGUUGGCUUUAUUCACAAAAAAUGGAUCCGAUUGUACAUCAUUCGGCGAAAUCGAAGCGUAUCACAGAAACCAAGACAAAUGCCUUCUCAGAAUUCGAGUUCAAAUGCCUAAAAUUGAUUACACCGGCACUGAGAACUACUACUACGACGAUCGAUCUCCACUUGAAUCACAAUUCUCUCGGGAACUAUUUGGCGGAGCUCAAAAUGUAACAUUUUGGAACGAAGUGACAAUUCGAAGAGAUGAAAAAUUGAACAAUGGCUCACUAGCCUUCGCUACAGUAUUGAAAUCUGCUCGUGUUGAAUAUGAAUUGUAAUUAAUUGAAUAAUGAUAAUUUAAAAAAAACAAAAACACAAUUAUUUUCAUACAGUUUAUUGGCUAUAAAAGUUCAACUAAUUU